UUGACCAAAGAACAACGUUCAUUCAGCAGAAGUUUUUUCCAGCAAAGUACAAGCAUGCCAGCCGCCGCCCCUCAUGUCGAUCCAUCGACGCCUGCCGCCGCGACUGCCAGCUACGAGAUGGAGAGUCUCAUUCGUCGCAAUGCGGCGCUUGAAGACUUGGUUCGUCGAUCUCGGGAAGAGCUGGUUCGAUUUGGAUCCGACGCCGAGCGUAGCGAAGAGCGUCUGACAAACAAGUUGCUCGCACGCUUGGGGCAACUCCGCCUUGAAAAAGAGAAACUGGCGAUGAAUGUUGAGCGAGAAGAGGAGUUUCUUACGAACACGCUUCAGCGCAAGCUUCGUCAACUGCAGCAAGACAAGGUCGAUCUUGAAAACAAGUUGGAAAGCGAGCAGGAGUUCAUGGUGAACCGGUUGCAGCGACAGUUGGAAGUGGCAAACAACGCGACGGCCGACAAGGUGCAGCUCGAAAACGAACUCGAGCAAGAACAAGAGUACAUCGUCAACCGGCUCCAGAAGCAGGUGUUGGCCGUGAAAAUCGAGAAAAAGAAAGUCGAGCAACGUAUGUUGGACGAGAUGGUUGCCAUGGUGUCGUCGUUGGAAGCGCAUGCCGAAGAUCCGCAGAUGAUGAAGCACGCUCUCGCGACCGCGAAGGAAGCGCUGCACGAACGUGUGAAGGCACACAAAGCGACAGGCGUCGCCCAAGACACGUCGGACACAACGUCGUUGAAUAACGAAGUGCUCCUCGAGUCGGUGAGCUCUCGCCACCACCUCAACCGCCGCGGCACGCUGUAGGAUCAUGUUGUAUCGACGUACAGUACUUGGUGCUUCUGGUGGGUUUCUCCACUGUCAAGUAAAUAAAUUAAACGUUCAUUUGAAUUCACUCGUGUUCAAUUCUCCAUGCAUGGAC